ACACCUACAGAGAGACGUUAUACCUUUGCCUUUGUUGCUAUCCUUUCUCUUCUUCACUUGUAACUCGCCAUCCCAAAAAUUAACAGUAAAGAAAGAGAGACGGAGCAGAGAGAGAGAGAUCCGACGCGCUUGUUGCAGAAAGGGAGAGAGAAACAGAGAAAGAUCAACCAUGAGAUCUAGCAAUCACUUGAUAGGGGUACUCAACUUCCUGACCUUUUUGCUAUCAAUACCCAUCCUAGGAGGUGGUAUAUGGCUAAGCAGCAGAGCCAACAACACAGAUUGUCUGAAAUUCUUACAGUGGCCAUUGAUAAUAAUUGGGAUCUCAAUCAUGGUCGUUUCCUUAGCCGGUUUCGCUGGCGCGUGUUAUCGAAACACUUUCUUGAUGUGGGCUUACCUAUUUGUUAUGUUCUUCAUCAUCGCCGCGCUUUUAGGGUUCAUCAUCUUUGCCUAUGUUGUCACUGAUAAAGGGUCGGGCCGCCCACUCACGAAUCGUGCGUAUUCUGACUAUUAUCUGCAGGACUAUUCAGGGUGGUUGAAGGAUCGAGUAGCUAGUGAUAGCUACUGGCACAAGAUUGGCUCUUGUAUACGAGAUUCUAAGGUUUGUGGUAAGAUGGGGAGAACUAAAAAUGGCGUCCCUGAGACUGCAGAUACGUUCUUUAGCAGGAAGCUCAGCUCUAUUGAGUCUGGUUGUUGCAAGCCCCCUACAGAAUGCGGCUUCACUUAUGUGAACGAGACUUUGUGGUCAUCAUCUGGAGGGGCUGUUUACAGCACUGACUGUAACACCUGGAACAACGAUCAACAGCAACUGUGCUAUUCCUGCAAUUCUUGCAAAGCUGGUUUGCUAGCCAACCUGAGGAAGAGUUGGAGGAAGGUCUCGGUCAUUAACAUCGUCAUAUUAAUCAUUCUAGUGAUUGCCUAUGUGGUUGGCUGUGCAGCCUUCAGGAAUAAUCGCCGGAUCGAUAACGAUGAACCCUACGGGGAAGCAAGGAUGACCAAGUCUCAGCCUAGCAGAAUCCAUCUUUAAUCAAGUGAAGCUCGAUUGGUUAGAUUUCCUUUCCAUGUAAAAAUUAUGGUUUUGGUGUUAUCAUGUAAAACUUGAAGCUUGGUUGGAUUUCCUUUCUAUCAUCAUAUCAGGGAUGUAAAAAUUAUGGUUUUGCUAUAUUAUUAAAUAAAAACUUGUUUCUUCUA